GCCGCCUUAAAAAUUCUUCUCUUCCAAUUUUUUGUUGGCUUGUAACUCUAUCACCGCCACACUAACUCUAUAAAUACCCAUAAUCAUGGUAUUAUUUUUUUUUCUUGUACCUGCACGAAUCGGCACAAUAUCAAUAGCAGCUUGUGGCCGAUUUGAAUCAACCAAGGUAUUUCUUUUCCCUUCGUGUUAUCUUAUUCUCUUUAUUUUGCUCCCCCUUUUUUUAGUUGAAACAAGCAGCAAUAUGCAACAAUUGGUCGGCUUAAGAUGGAAAGAGUUUAAUUUUAUCUCUAUCACCUUAACACCGAAAGAUUUUGCUUGAAAAUGGUAUGAUUUUCUUUAAGUAUGGGCCCUUUCACCGAUGCAUUUAUGCGAUGAUCUGCCCAAAUAUAGGGCCUUUACUAACACUUUUAUGCAAUGGUAUUCUCUAAGCAUAGGCCCUUUAUAAUGGUUAGUUUAAGGUUCGAGGGUUUAACCUUACCUCCAUCACCUUAAGACCUAACAAUUUCGACUUCAAGUAUACGUGACUGUAUUUCACCAAAGCCAAAACAUAGAAGACUCUCUCUCCCUUUUUUUUUCAAUUCUUUUGCAUUUUUGCAAGUAUUAUUUUUUUUUCGAACCUUGAUUCUAUGUUUGACCAAAAUUCUUUUGUUCAUGCAGCUUGCAGAUAUGAUUCACCUUAGAGACUACACAUCUUUAUCUUCUAACAACAAGUAUCUUCUAAUUGAGGUUGAUGAUGGUAUGGUUUUAAUUAGGUUAUUGACUGAAACUCCAAUAGCAGGCAGGUAAGUAGAUCCGUGGUCCCCUUUGCAAAAUUCUCUCCACAUGUCGGAUUGGACUUCGGAAUAUGACAUUGGUGCUAAUUGAUCGGUAAAAGUAUGGCUUCUUUGGACUCCCAACAAUGUCAAUUGAAUAUUGCAAGCACCCUUCCUUGCUUAGGACGUCAGGUACUCAAAGGAGAAGUAUGUUGGGGGACACUAUAGAGAUAACGGGUGAAUAUUGUCAUACUCAAGGAUAUUGGGAAUGGACCGAGGACAUAUUGGCUUGAAGUGCACAAUCCUUGAAGGCAGCCAAAAUAUAUGAUGUUGUUUAUGCAUCAUUGUUUACAUAUGAUCGAAACUCGAACAUAUUACAGGCAUUCUUUGAGGUUUGGUGUCCAACUACCAACACAUUGCUUACUUCUGUUGGAGAGAAAUCCAUAUCCCUUUGGGAUUUAUGCAAAAUUGGAGGUCUGCCUAUCGGAGUCCUUCCUUAUGAAGAAGUAGUGCCCAAAGCAAAGGAGCUUACAGGUGUUGAUGAAAAGAAUGAGAGAUUUAUCCCUCAUUCUUGUGAAUUCUUAUUUGUAGCUUUCCAACAUCUUCAAGAAAAAGAGGCUUCUAAUCCGAAAGUUCCUCUAUGAAAGUGGAUAAAGUUUUGGUGCAAAAGGGUAUUAAGAUAUGAGUCAGCUCCACCGAGAAAGAAGAAAAAAUCUGAUCGCUUGAAGUCAACCCAUAACCCAACUGGGACUAUUCAGAAUAUAGCAAAGUGGUCAAGCGCAGAUGAUGCCAUAUUUUCUACACUUGGCAUGAAGUAUGAACAUAGGACUGAUACAUAUUUGGCAGCGUUCAUAUUAUGUUGGUUGUGUACUUUUAUAUUUCCCUCUAAAGAUGGAUAUUUUAUUCGCUCGGGAACUUUUAGAGUAGAAGCCAUGAUGGUGGAUAAGCAAACUUUCAGUCUUGCAGUUCCAGUCCUAUCAAGCAUUUAAUAAUGGUCUCAACAGGGUCUAUAAUCUUUGCAGCUUGAGCAACUCAGAGUAUCCUUUCCUAUCCAUUAUGUGCAUGCUUGGCUUGCUUACUAUUUUAAGACACAUUUUCCACUUUCUAAUGGACCAUCUAUUCCAUUGAUGAAGGUAUAUUCUGGAGAAGGCGGGGCAAAGUACUUUGAUCGACAGCUUUCCAGAAAGUGCAUCCAUCAAGGGGACACUGCUAUUAGGAAUUCAACUAUGCCAAUCAAGUCCAGUCCUUGUUAUUUUGUGGAUGAUGAUAAGGAUGAAGAGUCAGAGAUAAGCUACUUCAUGAGCCUCCAUUUUAACUUACUCUCUUUUAGAUAUGGAGGUUCAUUCAUACUUGAGCCAUACAGUCCGCACCGAUUUAGCCGUCAAUUUGGGUUUUACCAAGGCCUUCCUGGAAUCUUGGAAAAUGAAAUUUGUAGUGCUUCAUUAGAUGAAGGCCUUAAAUUUCAUCUAAUUUGUGUAUUUCAUUGUUCUAUGUCAAAAUCAACUUUCCCUAAAGCCACACCUAAUGCGCAAUGACAUUCAUCCACUCCGUAUAAAUCUUGGUGGGAAAAAGUUCAUGGAUACUUUCUUAAAGUUAACUUGCAAUCUUUGGUGAACGCCAUAGGUCCUAUUGUCAACACUUCCCAAGAACAUGGUGAGAAGGUCCCAGUUAUGGUUAAGGCUCCUGUUUUGAAACCUAAGGUAGUCAUUCCAUUCAAGUCUACGGGACCUCUACAUGCAGAAACUCAAAAAGAGGAGUCAUCUGUCCUGACUCAACAGGCUUUCAAUAAACAACCACCUCAAGACGAGAGCAAGAGUAGUCAUGGAGAUCGUUGCUGGAAGAAGGUAAAACCAUCCUUGGCAAAGAAAGAUGAUUCUAACACCCAUAUGGAGAUUCUUGCUAGUUCAUCGAAGACUCCGCCAGCUAUCGAGAUGGCGCGGCCAGACAAUGUCCAAAUUUUGGAAGAUCCUCAUCAAAGUAAUCCACAAGAUAGUAGCGAGGCUGUAGUAGGUCCAGACUCAAGGGAGUUACUUUUGUCAUCCAAAGAGGUUACUUCUAAAUCUUGCGGUAAAGUCAAAGCAAAUGUGGAGUCAAACUUUUCCCGACAACCAGCAGUAACCAUGUCUAUUUUUUAUGGCAAGAAGUUCAUUUCAGAGCUUAAAAAAAAAUUAUCAUGAAGGCUUGGGCUAGUAUCCGUACUAAACUUGUAGGCCUUACUCCAAAUCGGGCUUCUUAUAUCCAAAAUGACGUUGAAGUCAUAAUCAAUGACAUGAGUGGAAAUGGGGGAAGAUAUUUCCCCCUUGCAGGAUUUAUUGGGGUCUUUCUUUGGGAUGGCAGCUUCCUAUGACCAAGCAUGAUCUAUUUUUGUUGAUAAGACCACGAAAAUUAAGGAGCCAAAGCCAUAUUUAAAAGCCAAAGAGCAUUUUAAAUCUGAAGAAGUUUUUGCAGCCUGCAAAUCUCUUGAGAAGGAGAGAAAGAAGGUGAAGAAUUUGAAAGCUCGACGAGAUGCUGCCAAGCAAGAAGCUGCAUAGAUGGAAUCCAAAGUUUUAGUUGUUUAAGAAGAGUUUUUCAAGUGUUCUGAUGUCUCCCUUGCAACAACAAAAGACUCAAAGUUUGUGGAGAAAAAGAAGCAAGUCUUAGACGCUACUUUACAAGAUUUAGUCAAUUAUAAGUUAUACUUAUAUUAGCCUUAGGAUAUGUCUUCCUUCCAACCUUCUUGUUAUUUUAUUUUAUGCUUUUUACUGAGUAGUCAGA